CACUCGCUCGGACUUAUUAAGCAGCGUACUAGCCGUAUACAUAAUCAGUAGUCGACUUCUUGUGUAUUAUCUGCUAAUAUCGCUGUGGUUACAAGAUUCUGAAGCCAUUAUCAACUUGCCCGACCUUCAAUCUCCAGUGAGUCAAGGUCGCCUGAAGUGAGUGAAGUUUGGAUACUUGAGCCUAUCGUCAACCAGACAGUGGGCACCCUCAAAAUGGCCCCCAUGAUCAGACAAGACACCCUGGACUUCCUGGACGACAUACUUGGGGUCAACUUCGACGAGAUCACGAGGCUGGCUACUAGUGACGAGAAUUUCCUUGACAACGACCUCCUUGUGGGCGCUGGACCCCAGCCUUCAGUGGUGGUGCAGCCCGCCAGCCCGGAGGUCACCCCCACCAUUGAGACCCCGAUUAUGGCCCACGGCGAGGAUUUCCUCUUUGAUAGCUCCAAGCUCAGUGGGGACAACGGCCUGGACACGAGUUCGCAGCCCCCGGAGUUUAUUCUCAAUCCUUACACCCAGCCUGCCUCUCCCGAGUUCCUCGUUCUGGAGAACGCCAUCCCAGAUCCCUUCUCACAGCAGCCCCUCAGCCCAGCGGCCGUCCCCCAGCAGGCUCUCAGCCCAGAGCCCUUCAGUUCCCAGUACCUGGAUCCAUCCCAGCUGUCCACCAGCCCUGAGUUCCUAACUGCCUCUCCUGCCAGUUCUUACAUGCUGUCCCCCAGCCCCGAGUCCCUGACUGCCUCCCCCGCUAGUUCCUACAUGCUGUCCCCAUCAUCCGUGUGUCAGGAAGAGGAGACGGACUCUGCCCCCCAGGCCAUCGUCGACGCCCCCAAGAAGCGCGGGCGUAAGCGCAAGUAUCCCGAGGGCAUGGCCCCCAGCCGCAGGCGUCCCAAGACACCCAAGGUGUACGAGAUGGGGCCGCUGGAUGACGACGAGAAAGAGAAGAAACGAAAGAACGCUGUGAAUGCCAAGAAGCACCGCGAAGCGCAGAAGGCAGAGAAGCUGCAGCUGUCUCUGGAGCUGGAGCAGGCCAAGGCCGAGCGUGACCAGCUGGUGAAGGUGGUGAAUCAGUUCAAGCAGCGGGAAGAACAGUUGCUGCAGGUUCUCAAAGUGUAUGGCAUAAAGACCAACAUCCUGCACGCCAACUUAGAGGGCCUGUGAACAGUGCAGCGGUGGUACCCCAGCAAUGAAUGACCCAGUGAGCUUUGGCGAGCUCACCUUGGCACAACUCAGCUGCAGCGAUUCCAGCCAGCCAGGCGCCACCACAGAAGUCACCUCAGCCAGCGACCUGCCGCGACGGAAAGCAAGUCAGCCAGCCGCUGCCAUGGAGAGCAUCCCAGCCAGCCAGCCAGCCAGCCAGAUGGUGCAACGGAGAGCACCCCAGACAAUGCCUUGUCCAGCCAUCCCUUCUCCAUCACCCUUCUCCUUUAACCACUCGGCCAGAGAAAGAAGGGCUUUGUUUGCCCCUCACUCGCCACACUUCACACAUCAUAACGGGUGUACUUACACCCUCACACAACACUUGACACUACAUGCACCCUCUCACUCCUGUACCCUGCAAACCAUGCAGAGCUUGCACUGUUAUAAUGAUGUGACAUUGGGCCGUAUUUUAAGACACCAUCGCUUCUCACAUCAACUAUUUCUAAAGGUCAAAGAGGGGAUCAAUCAGGUUUUCAUGAGUGUUUUUUAAGGUUCAUGGCACAGAAGAAGGGUCAAACUACCACCAGGGUCGUGAAAAUACCCCUGGAAAGGCCUACAGCUCUUAUGAAAGCCUUGUCAAAUAUGUGAACUUGGGCGACGAAAUGUUUUAAAAUACGACCCAUUACCCUGACCUUUGCCUUCCAGCAGCAGAUUAAUGCAGACCUUUGUUCAAUUCUUCCAGGUCAGUGUGUGGACAGCUGUGAUGUGAAGCAGUCCCCAGUGUUGAGGCGCCGGUCUGCUUGUACUCGGCCUCCUUGGCCAUGUCUCACCAGGGGACUCCCUGAGGAGGAGGAAGAGGAAGCAUCAGAUGUCAACCCAGCUUUCUGUUAAGGUGGUCAGUAUGUGGACAGCCUCUACUGCCUCCGCCCUGCCUGCCGGGAGAUGGCCAGGAUGAGGAAGAUGUAGCAGUUACCCAUGUUUUUCUUUGCAGGUGAUAGGUAGGUUAGGGACCAGGCACCAGUUUUAUUCUUAAUGCAUGAGAUCUACCUUUGUUUAAUUCAAUCGUCACUAACACUUUUCAUGCAGGUCUAUUAUUUUGAAGUGGUGGGUGGGGACCAGGCACCAGUUUUAUUUGUAAUGCAUGACAUGUACCUUUGUUUACUUUGAAUCGUCAUUUAAUAACCCUUUUCAUGCAGAGGUGCUAUUUUGAGGUGGUAGGUCGGUAGAGAGGCACUGCUUACUAUUAAUUCAUCUCAUCCUAACUCGAUAUCCACUUACUAUUUUUUCUUUAUAUUUUCUGUUCUGCAUAUUACAUACUGAUUUACAUAUCCUGUGUCUGUGUGUUUCUGGGUGUGGUGUAUGGCCCUUUUUGGACAGGGCAAGCUGUUAGUAGUUUUUCUUUGACUGUUUGUUUCCCCUUCCACCCCUUGCCCACCCCCCAUGCAUCACUGUUUGUUACGGGAUGAAGGGGUUUCUGUGUGCAUGUAUGUGUGCCUGUCCGCGUCUUCACGUACACAAACAUAUACACAAAAUACAAGUACACACACACACUCAUACAGGCAUACCUACACUUUUCUCAGUUAUUAGGGAAAAUCUUUUUAUUCAGAUAAUUCUUACUAUUCUAAUUCUGCUUUUAUAUUGGUAGUCAAUCUCCUCCCUUCUCUCUGGCUAUCUAUCUAUUCACCUCCCAUCUUUUCCUCUACUUAGCUUAGCCCGUUUUCUUUGUGCUUUUCCUCUCCUCUCUAUCUUCUAUAAUAUGUUUCAUGCUGUCUGAGGGACUAAAUAGGUUAUCACCACUUAUCAAGUUAUCUAUCCUCUUCCUGACUCUUCUUAGCAUUUUGUCCUCUGCCUUUAUUUUCCUAGCUUUUCCUUUCCAUGCCUUAUCUUUUCCUAUAAUAUCUUUCAUGCUGUCUGUGAGGGAUUGAGCAGUUAGAUUACCACCUAUCACCUCCCUAUAUUACCCAUUAAUGCUACCUUGUCAAGUAUACUGGAUUGCCUUAGUCUAGGAUAGAGCUUGCCAUUACCUGACUGUCAUAGUUCGGGCCCGUCCGACACUCCUUCAUUGAUCAAAUUGUAUUAUUUUUCACCAAGUCGCUACAGGUUUAUUUUUCACUGUCACUAUAGGUUUGUUUUUCUGUCACUAGGUUUAUUUUUCAGUCACUAGGCUUAUUUUUCACUCACUAGGCUCAUUUUUCUCGUCUUUAUUGGAUUUUUUUUUUAUAGUCUACAGGAUUAUUUGAGGUUUAGAAUUUUUAUAUAUUUUUUCUUAGCUAUUUGACUGGUUUGAUAUUUUUUUUCCUCAUUUUCUUUGUGGUUUUCAUGUUAUUCCGAGUUGAUGUGUCAAGUUCUUUGGGUGUUAAUCUUUAUUUAUUGACAUAAUUUUGAUAUUUGUAUUUAUUGACAUAAUUUUGAUAUUUGAAGUUAGAAUAGCUCUUAUUAAUCUUGUAACCUAUAUUAGCUAUCCUCAUUUUACAUUGCUUUCCUCUUGGUCAUUGAAAACAGUACAUAUAUAUACUUGUUUAUAUAAGUAUAUUAAUUUUUUUUUCCUAUGACGCGAUGGUGAAAGGUAUAUACGAUAAAUUAAAUAAUAAAAAAGGGAUUGGA